AGCGGCUCUGCCAGGCUCGGCAGGAGCCCGGGGGUUUGGCGCAUCCYCGCAAAAGCAUCUUUCAAACGGGAAUACUUUCGGAGCGGGGCUGUGGAGCGGCGGGGAUCACCCCAUCCCCGCUCCCACGCCGUCCCCUCAGGAGCCCCGGCCGCCACACGGGCCCCUUCCCUCACUCAACAUGGCGCCCGGCCGCUCUGACCCCCUUUGCCCGCCCGGCACCCGCCCCGCUCUGCCCUCAGCCAACAUGGCGCCCGCCCGCGCAGCCCUGCCAGCUGCCCUUAUCAAACAUGGCGUCCCAUUCAGUUUCCAUUGUGCCCGCCCUCCGCGCGCGUCCGCAGCGGCUUCAGCGGCUUCACCGCGCUCGACGCAAAGAUGGCGGAAGCGGUUGCGGGCGUUUGAAUUCCAGGGAAGCCGCCAAAUCCGCGCACAAAGGCGCCGGGAGCGGCGGGACCCGCGGGGCCGAGCCAUGGAUUCGCUGCCGGGGGAGGACCUGACGCUGCCGUUCGAGGGCAGCGUCAGCGGCCUCCCGCUGCCGGACAUCUCCCGCGGGGACCCCCGGCCCGACCCGCCCGGCGGACAAGUGUCACCAGAUGUGGCAGAAGACACAGUGUCACCCACUCGAGCUCGGACCAUGAAGGACUAUGAAAAUCAAAUCACUGAUCUGAAAAAAGAAAACUUCAACCUGAAGCUUCGUAUUUAUUUUCUGGAGGARCGAAUGCAGCAGAAGUUUGAUGGUCCCACUGAAGAAAUCUACAAAAUUAACAUUGAGCUAAAAGUUGAGAUAGAAAGUCUGAAGCGUGAACUGCGGGAGAGGGAGAAGCUCCUCAUCAAAGCCUAUAAGGCASUUGAAAGCUUGGCCCAGGGUGGUGAUGCUGAAGUGCAGUGUGGCAAAGAGGCACAGAAGAAGAUGCAGGAGAUGGAGGAAAUGCUGACUGGCMGAGUAAACCUUCUGGAAGAGAAUCUUAAAGCUGCCCAAGAAGAGGUGGAAAAAGCCCUUGCAAUGACAGAGAAGGAGAAAGCUCUGAGGAUUGCUGCUGAGCAGAAACUCGCUUCAAUUAUGAAUGUCCCUGCCAAGGAUGUGGAUAAGGUUACAGAAGCUGAGAAAGACAGACUUAUAGAGCAACUGAAUCUGUCGCUGAAAAGUAAAGAAGCUCUGAUUCAACACCUUGAAAAGGAAAAGUCUCAGAGUGGAUCUUAUGAUGGAAACUUGCCAGCAGAAAAAAUCAGAGAACUUACCAUUGCUUUGAGGCAUGAAAAGGAUUGUGAGAUAGAGGCUCUUAGAAUGGAGUUUAAAAAUGAGAGAAAUUCCUUCGAAAAAAGAAUUCAGUCACUCCAAGAAGAGCUGCAAGAGAGAGAAAAUGAGCUUGCUGUUGAAAAGAAGAAUGGUUUGAAAAGGGAUAAAACUAUCCAAGGACUAACYGUUGCCUUAAAAGCAAAGGAAAAAGAGAAUGAGGAGCUGGGUUCUGAAAUUGAAGAGUUAAAUGCUUCAUUGGCUAAGGCAAGAGAGGCAACUCACAAAGCACAUGUCCAAAAAUUCAAGGGUGCUGCAGAUUAUCAGGCUCUGCUGAUGGAAAAGGAGACCCUGCUGGCAGAGCUGCGCUCCGAGAACCUCACCAAGGACGCUGAGAAUCGCAGGCUGCAGAGAAUCAUCARAGUCACUGGGCAGGAGCUGAGUGAUCUCAAUUUGGAAAGAGAGAAAAUGGAGAAGGAGCUGGAUGAAGCACAAYUGCAGAAGAGUAGAAGUGACAAAACCAUUAAUGACCUUAGAAAUCAACURGAGAAAUUACACGGUGAAAUGACUGAAAAAGAAAAAGCAGUUGAACACCAUUACAAUAUUCUUUUGAGUGAAAGCAAUCAGAAGCUGCAGAGCCAAGAACUUGUUAUCAGGCAGCUGACAGACAGUGUCAAUCACAAGGAUCUGCUGCUUGAGAGAGUUAAUGGAACAGUUAAAGAAAAGGAUGCAGAACUGCAGGAGCUCCAGAAUAAGUACAAGAACCUUCUAAGAGCUAAUGAAGAACUCGAACUGAAAAAUGAGGGCUUAGUAAAGGAGAAAUGUGCUGCACAGUCUCAACAGUCAAUUAUCAAGAUAGUCAGAGAGCUGGAGGAAAAUAAAGAAGCUGAAUAUGAGAAGUUGAUUCUUGCUCUAAGGAAAGAACAGAAUAUUUAUUCUACGCUAGUGAAGACCUUCAAGGAGUCAGAUAGUAUAAAUAGCUUGCAAGUGGAACUGAACAAUAUUUUYAUGUUGAGAAAACAACUGGAGGAAGAUAUUUUAGGUAACAGGAAUCUCCAGAARAUCUUACAAGAUCAGAUUAAGGACAUGAAAAACCACCAAGAUGAAACACUAUCUUUCUGUGGAGAUCAAACAUCUUAUAUGAGUAUCUGUUUAGGAGAACAAGACCAUUUAAGCCUUCAGAUAGACCAUCUGUCUCUGGAAGAACUUAAAAAGAAGGUUUCUGACCUGCUCCUGAUGGUCAAGGAACUGCAGACAAUUAAUCAAGAACUUAAGGCAAGACAGUCUGGAUGUUGUACAAAGGAUUCUCARGGGAAGGAAGCACUGAAGAUAYUAAACCACAGAGAGUGUCUUGAAACAACAGGGGAGCCUGUGAUGCAGCCUGAAGAUGGUGACAAUGACAGGAAGAUGCAGAACAGUCAGUUUUGUGAGAGGGUCAGUCAGGUAUGCCUUCAGGUAUCUUUGGAUUUUCCCUGUGAGGUGGAUAAGCAGAUAACUCCAUCAGGCUAUUCAGAGAGUUUCUGCAAAGACAGACAUUAUAGGAGUCCAAUUAAGCCUCAAUUUGAGCACGAUACAACUGACAAACACUUAGGCAGAACAGGAAUGAGUGAACAUGAAACAGAAGAGAACUUGCUCACAUCUCUUCUAAGAGAAAAUAGAACAUCUGUGCUGGAAUCUACCAGACAAGAACAAAUGAAAAUUGUAAAUGAACUGUUAGAUCAUCUGAACACGACAGAGGAAGAAUGUUCAAGUGAAGAUAUGGAGAAAAAGGAUGAAAAAGAUCUUAGGCAAAUGAUUAUUCAACUAAGAGCUGAACUCAAACAUUUCAAGCAGGUCACUAAAUUCUUAAAGCAGCGAGUAGAAUUGAAAUCAACUUUUGAUGGGGAAGAGAAGCUUUAUCCAGAUGCAGUGCCACAGAUUAAUAAGGAGAUUCAGUUGUUGAAAGUGGAAUUGAAAGAUGCAGCUACACAAACAAUGACUUUAGAGAGUAAUGUCAUGAGAUUCAAACAUGAAGGCAAGAAAGGAGCCUCAGAAGAAAAGUCAAAAUAUUCAAGAUUAAAUGCAGAAGCAGAACAUCAGCAAGAAAAUGUGUAUAAGAAGGGUGAACAGCUUGAAAGCCUUUCUUUUACUAGAACAAAUGAAGCUGUAUCUGCUUUCCUGCCUAAGAAAUCACGUCUGCCUGUGCCCUUAAGAUCCUGCAGACCAUUAGGAAAUGUGCCUUUGAGCUCCUGGGUGCAGAAAYCAGCACCACAGCCUCCUUCCAGGGCACCUUGUGAAAGUCUGAGAGCCUGUGAAGUACAAACSCAACCAUUUCAGGCACAGCCUAAUGGGGAGUUGUUGGAUGAGUCUGGAGCUGAAAACCUUCCAGAGGAGCCUUCCCAGGGAAGCACAGCAGGGAGAGUUAACUCAUUGCUCAACCUGGAUAAUACUGAGACCCAGRUGGAGUUGCAAGGUGUUGAUGCAGGUACAGGGGACAAGAAUGAACACGUGAUGGACAAAAAUCAGCAAAACUAUCAAGAAAUGCAAAAUCAUCAUAGCAUUAGCAAUGGGAAUAUCCCGAGUUCAGUGAAAGAGGUGGAUGAAGAGU